AUGACGGAUUCUGGUUACAAACCCACGGAGCACUACGAGCCAGAUCCAGAAUCGUAUACCCAGUAUCAGCGUGAUAUUUACGGCAACCUACGAAGACCAAAGUAUUCCACCAAACCUUCACAAUGGGAAGCUGCAGCAAAAGCAAAUAUACCACUGCCAAACUUUCUCUAUGUCUUCGGAGCAGCAAGCAGCGAGUCAACAAAUAGAGCCAAUAUCUCGUCAUUCGAGCGCUACCGUCUGAGACCAUGGAUGCUUGUUCAAGCUACACGACGCGACAUGUCCGUGGAGCUCUUUGGACAGCGAUACCCUAGCCCUCUAUUGGCAGCUCCCAUCGGCGUCCAAGGAAUCCUUCACGACGAUGGAGAGGAGGCAACUGCUCGAGCUUGCGCAGCAGUGAAUGUGCCAAUGAUCCUCAGCACUGCGGCUACGAGAUCGAUUGAGGAGGUUGCCAAAGCUAAUGGGGAUGGAGAUCGAUGGUACCAGCUCUACUGGCCAAAACCACAAGCGGAAGAAUUUACUGCCAGUCUUUUGAGUCGUGCCAAGGCAGGUGGCUUUAAGGUGCUCGUGGUCACUCUUGAUACUUUCAUGAUUGGGUGGAGACCCAGCGAUUUGGAUGAAUCAUAUCUACCCUUCGUCUACGGUCAGGGCUGCCAGGUUGGCUUUUCCGACCCUGUCUUCCAGCGCAUGUACGAGGAGGAGCAAGCAAAGGACAGCAGAAGCGUCACCGAGAAGGUAGCGGAAAUCUGGCAGAUUCUGAAGCGCCCUGGAAGUGUAAGUGGGAGCAUGAAAGUUCUCACACAUGCCACUGUCAUGAAAAAGGCCAGGUUCUUCACUUCACUUGUGGCAUCUGGGCACUAUCGCGACUGGAAUGACUUGCAAACCCUGCGCAAGUACUGGGAUGGUCCAAUUGUACUUAAGGGUAUCCAGACAGUCGAAGAUGCCCACCGGGCUAUCGAUCAUGGCAUGGACGGUAUUAUCGUUUCCAACCACGGUGGCAGACAGCUUGAUGGCGCAAUCUCCUCGAUAGACGCUUUGGCCGAGAUCGGCGCCGAUGAGAGGGUAAAGGACUCGAACUUGACCCUUCUUUUUGAUAGCGGCAUACGGACUGGAUCGGAUGUUCUCAAAGCCUUGGCACUCGGUGCAAAAGCAGUUCUCGUUGGACGACCGUAUGUGUACGGUCUUGCCAUGGGCGGUGAGGAGGGCGUCAAGCAUGUCCUCAACUGUAUGCUCGCGGACACGGACUCUUCGCUUGCGAAUCUUGGCAAGAAGAGCAUUGCGGAGAUCAGUCGCAACGACCUGAGGGUGUUACAGGAAUUGGCGAAGCUGUGAUCAAGGUGUUCCCAGCUGCAGGCUCUCGAAGGACACAGCGGUACAUUAUGCUCCGCCAUCUCAAGGGAUCACUGACUCGACACCCCCCGAUAGAUCACAAUAUCAUGUUCUCCUCUUCUCAAA